GCAGAUUAGAAGAACGAAUCGGGUCAAUUUUGUCGUCAAAGGCGGCGGCCUGAAUCGUUCGUCGAAUCGAAUUAGGUGCUCUUUCUUUUAUACGGGCAGCCAGAUCGAUCCUUUUCCAUCCGCAGAAUCUAUUCAAUCGAGGCGUGCGAUUCUGAGAGACGAGUUUUUUUCUUCGAUUUCCUUCCUAUUCUCUCCUUCUGUCCAUCGGCUGGUUCCUCGCCUAGAAAUCGAGGCGAUUCGAGGUGCUAGGGGAGGAAAUGUACAACGGCAUGAUGGAUCCCGAGCUCAUGCGGCUUGCGCAGGAGCAGAUGAGCCGUCUUCCUCCCGAGGAGUUGGCUAAGAUCCAGCGACAGAUGAUGUCCAAUCCUGAGCUUCUAAAAAUGGCAACUGAAACCAUGAAGAAUAUGAAACCAGAAGAUGUCAGACAAGCUGCAGAACAGAUGAGAAAUAGAAGAACAGAAGAUAUGGUCAAGGUCAGUGAAAGAUUAGCUAGUGCAACACCAGAAGAGAUUGCAUCUAUGAAGUCCUUUGCAGAUGCUCAAGUGUCAUACGAAUUAAGUGCAGCAAAGAUGCUGAAGCAACAGGGUAAUGAGCUUCACAGUCAAGGUCAAUACAAUGAUGCAGCCGAGAAGUACUUGCAUGCAAAAAACACCUUAAAAAGCAUUUCCUCCAGCAUGGCUAGAACCUUAGACCUACAGUGCUCCCUCAAUCUGAUGUCAUGUUAUCUGAAAACUAACAAAUUUGAGGACUGCAUAAAAGAAGGCUCAGAGGUUUUGACACAUGACUCAAGAAAUGUGAAAGCUUUUUAUCGUAGAGGUCAAUCAUACAAAGAACUGGGAAACCUGAAGGCUGCUGUAUCUGACUUGAGAAAGGCAUAUGAACUUUCACCUAAUGAUGAAACUAUUGCAGAUGUACUAAGGGAUGCUAAUGAUAAACUAAUACAGGAAGGCGGAAAUACAAAUAUGAGAAGAGGUGUUGUGAUUGAGGAAAUAGUUGAAGAGGAGAACCAGGGAACACUAUCAGACAGUCAUAGAAACACACCCGCGGAGUAUUCAGUUACCCCACCAGUUGAAGUUGUUGAGUUCUCUGAAAGUAAUGGUCAGGCUUCUCGUGAUGAUUCUGCUGAUGGCUUCCUAAAAAGCUUUAGUGAUGAUCCUGAAAACAUCCGAUUGUUCCAGAAUUAUCUUUCCACCUCUGAUCCUAGUACUCUGAAAGCCAUGGGCUUGCAAGGAAUAUCACCUGAAAUGAUCAAAUCUGCUACUGAUACCAUUAACAAGAUGAAACCAGAAGAGCUUCAGAAAAUGUUUGAAGUCGCUUCAUCUUUCAAAGGUAAAGGACCAGGAGAUUUGAAGUUGGGAUCCGAGUUGCCAGAAAUGACACCUGGAAUGGUCAAAAUGGCAUCAGAAACAGUCAGCAAAAUGUCCCCCGAAGAGCUCCAGCGAAUGAUGAAAAUUGCCUCUUCUUUCAAUGCGAGUAGUGCUCCUUCCCAAAUGGCAGAUGCUUCUGCCCGUGGAAGGGAGAAUAUGGCGCAAUCUAAUACAGGAAGUUCAUCAAGCAUACACUCCGAUGUAGGAGAACGAAAUUCUGAUGAUGCUCUUCUGAGGUCAAAAAUGGGCCAAUCCUCCUCUGAUAUUCCUACUUCAGUGGCUUCUCUGCAGGAAAAUAUGCAGAAUUCAAUGAGAGAUCCAGCAAUGCGGCAGAUGUUUGCAACAAUGAUGAAGAACAUGGAUCCAGAAACUAUGGCGAAUAUGAGCCAGCAAUUUGGAAUUAAUCUUUCAAAAGAGGAUGCUGCAAAAGCUCAACAAGCCAUGUCACAGUUAUCAGCUGCGGAUUUGGAUAAAAUGAUGAAAUGGAUGGAAAAGGCACAAAGAGGGAUCGAAACUGCAAAGAGGACGAAGAAUUGGCUCCUGGGCAGGCCGGGCAUGAUUCUAGCCAUUGUUAUGUUGAUUCUAGCUUUCAUUCUUCAUCAGCUUGGCUUCAUUGGUGGAUAAUCCAAUUCAUUUCUGUCUAUUUCAUGGGCAGCCUAUGUGAGCUUUCCUCUCACGAGCUUAAUGAGGAAUUUAUCUACCAACUUUUGAGCCGUAAAAACCAGUUUUAGUUCUCUAUCUCUCUUCUCUGAGUUUUACUGAUUAAGAAUUCCAAAAGCAGUGAAACAUUUUUUUUUCUUCCCUUGUACUUCUGAUCUCUGUAUCUUCAUUGUAUUGUAUGAGCACUGUUGAUCUCUGCAUAUGAGAGGCAUCCUUCCACAA